AUGGCGGCAUUGUUCAAAGCCCUCUUCGGAGGCUCCAAUCCAUCCGCAUCCCCAAUUCCCGCUGGCGACUCAGGUAAGCAAGCUCUCCGGCGCAAUUCAGGAUCACGGCGAGGUACUAAUCCCCCACAUCCAGACUUCGCAGAUUUCGCCAGUGCCCCAGAGCCAGCGCCGGCAGCAUUUGCCGCCUCAUCUCCGGUUAGCUUCAUGCGCGCAGGAGCUGCUCCAACGGGCGCGGCGGUCCCCUACACGAAAUGGUACAACAUCCACGAGCGGCACUCCCUGGGCGAUUUCAAGCAGGAGGCUGUCAUUAUAGGAUUAAUCUUGAUCAUCAUCAUGGUCCACAUCCUGGGCACAAGCUCGAACCGAAAGAGGGCGAAGGCAUGGAUUGACGCGCAUGCGACUGUCCUCCAGAAGGAAUUUGCCCUGGUAGGAUUUGGGGGUCGAAGGGCCCCUGACGGCGCGACCCAGAUUCUCGAGCUCCCCGAAGAUCUCUUGAAAGAAAAGGCUCCCAACGAGUUUGCGACUUACGCGACUGGUAGACAAAAUGUCGCAUUCGUCGAUGUGACCCUCACUCUCUUCAAGAGAUACAGCCCGCUCACGAUGUUCUUCGAGUUCGUGCUGAGUCUGUUCUUUGACAGUAUGCAGGCGCCAGUUGAGAAGAUGGAGGCUGUUCUCUACCCGUUCGACGGGCGUGAGGCCCUGACAAUUACGGGCCAAGUUCCCGGGGCUCACGAGGUGCGCAAGGAUACCAAGAGCAACUACGAUGGGUUCGUUUGGGCGAUUGUGAACAAGGAGACCAUGAAGCAGCUUCGUGAAGAGAGAUAUGAUGUCUCGAUCACUAGCACCAAGGACAGCCCAAAGCUACCAAGUUGGGCUACUGUGAUGAGUGAAAGUGCCGAGAUCACUGACUUCCUCUUGACCCCUGAGCUCAUCCAGGCCAUCGAAAAUGCUGGAGAGCUAUUCAACCACUUAAUCAUUACCGAUCAGCCUAUUGACCGGCCAUUAAAACUCGAGGAGACCGCCCCCAAAAAGCGCAUAUAUCUGUCACUCCGAAUUCCUUCCAGCGAUUUCUCCCCGAUUCUCUCUAUCUUCCAAUACUUCAUCCGUGUUACCGAUAUCCUCGCCCAAUCCGCUCAUUUCCGCCCCGAAGUCCUGCGCAAAGUGCGCAACACCCGUGACGAACUGAUCCGUAAGCUCCAAAAGGCCGACGACGACGUAAAGGCUGAAGAGCGAAACAUCGAGAAAGAGAAGGCCAAGAAAGUGAAGCGCGAUCUUGAAUUGAAAGCUCUAGACGCCAAGGGACAGAAGAAAUUCCUCGAGAGGGAGAGGGAGAAGGAAUUGCGGAAGAAUCAGAAGAAGUAUACUUCCAAGGGCUGA